AUAUGUUGUUGUACCAAAUUUUGAUCGGAAAAUAAUAGAUGGCAGCAGACUUGACGACUAAAGACAGUGUUAGAGUAGCCGAGAUGGCGAGGAAUGUUAUGGCCACAGAGGCUCCAUACGCUCCUGCAACUAUUGAGCGUAGAGUCCGUACUGACUUAGAAGUUUCCCUUACUAAGCCCUAUCUGCCGAGAGCGCUGUGUGCACCUGAUACAGAUCAUCCAAAUGGAACUCCAGGGCAUCCUCAUCAUGGCAUGAGUGUUCUUCAACAGCACGUUGCCUUCUUUGACCAAAACGAUGAUGGCAUUAUUUACCCUUGGGAAACUUAUACCGGCUGUCGCUUGAUUGGGUUCAACACCUUUGCUUCCGUUAUCAUGGCCAUCCUCAUUAAUGCAGCUAUGAGUUGGUAUACUCUUGAUGGAUGGCUUCCCUCUCCAUUUUUGCCUAUAUACGUGCACAAUAUACACAAAGCCAAGCAUGGAAGCGACUCGGGAACUUACGAUACUGAAGGAAGGUAUGUCCCAUUCAAUUUAGAGAACAUGUUCAGCAAGUACGCUCGUACAGUCCCUGAUAAACUUACAUUUGGUGAACUCUGGAGUAUGACAGAAGGAAAUAGGGUAGCAUUCGACCCAUUUGGCUGGAUUACGAGUAAGUUGGAAUGGGGAGUACUUUAUGUACUAGCAAGGGAUGACCAAGGCUUCCUAACUAAAGAAGCCGUGAGAAGGUGUUUUGAUGGGAGCUUGUUUGAGUAUUGUGCUAAGAUGAACACUGGUUUUGAAGGCAAGAUGUAUUAAUUAAGCCUGAAGUUCUAUUAGUUUACCUUCUGCAAGUCUGAUUUUUUUUUUUUUUUUUACUUCUAUUUCUAAGUUUAAAAUUGUAGUUGAGAUGUUUUGUUGGUGUAAUUAAAAUAAUUUGUAGAGAAAACUUCCUUAAAUUAAGCUCAAGUUCAAUAGACUCUAAUGUAAUGUUGUUUCUGCCAAAAAAAAAAAAAAACAUGCAUUGUGGUUGAUGAUGGUAAUUCAUGGCAGAUUCAUUCAAGUAUAUUAAUAUCUCCCAAUGCAAUUGUUUAGGCUUCAAAGUCUUCUGUCAUCAUAUACAACUCUAAAUAAAUUAUUAAGAGGAAAAAAAAAUUAAAAAUAGGUAAAAAAAAAAAAUACAGAAAAACAAAAAAAAAGAGAUAAAAGCAAGUCAAAAUUGGGUGUUUGAUAGAAAUUAAUUCUAAGAUUGUUGGUGUUAAUAUAGAAACUUGAAGUGGUCUAGAAAACCAAAAUAUAUUGACUUUUAUUAUGAC